AUUGUUUUUACAGUUUACCAAACCUUAUUACCUAUUUAUCAAUCAGUUUAAACAAUUGCCAACAAGAAAUGCUCACGACAGUCAGUCAAAAUGAAAGGAAAUUCCUGUCAAUAAAUAUUACUGACCAAACCAUCCCUAGGUGUGCAAGUCCACCUUUCCACCAUCUUUCCUGUCUUUUUUCAACACAAGCAGCAACUUCACCUAAGAAGAAUUCACUCUGUGUCUGUGGAAUAUUCCAUAUCGCGAGAGGGGGGCUACAGUACCUAUCACAACCACAACUCUCAAUAAAGACCAAAUGCACAAUUCCUCGGUGAAAAACUACACUACCUUAAAUUUCCACUUUCACUUUGAAAGGAAGUAAACAUUUUGUCGGGUCUUAGUGUGUGGUGUCAUUUGUGAAAGCAGAAACCGAACAUCCCUCUCGGAGUUUUAGUUCAACCUGCAGAAUUUUAGGCAAAAUGGCGACAUUGUAACGGAUGGAGGACGAAAAAAAAAGGACCGUAAUCAAGUACCAUGACAAACUUGCCCCGUGUUAUAGUGUCAUUAUCUGGGAAGGUAGGUUUAAAGCUUACGAACGUCUUCCCUUGCCGGAUGUGUGUUUAACCGUGUUGAGAGAUGAGAGCGCGAUGGGUACAGUGAGUCCUUGCACGGGCACGAGAGCUAAUGUACACGGGCAUCAGACUGUGUUGUCUCUGUUAUGGCGGCAGUAAAAGAGAGUGCAGAGGAAGACAAAGAGGUAGAAUGUUCCUCUGAUGACACUCAAGAGCUGACAAGCACAUCUUCUCCCAACAACAACAAUAACAGCUUGGAUCCACCAGAGCCCCUGCCCUUGGACAGUCACCAAAACCCUUUAAAUGGAGUCCAGCCGAACCCAUUUGUCUGUGGUAGCGUCCCUGCUGCCCCUAGCACAAACGACUCAUUGCCUUCAGGAGCACUUGUUAAUGGAGCUGCUUCACACUGUACCUCAGAGGAGUCCAGCGUCCACAACAAAGACAUGUCCCCUCUGCCCGGGACAGACACCAGCCCCGAGGUGUUACCGCCUCCCAGUGAGCUUCAAUCAGACACCCGGCAGAAAGCAGAAGGGUGCGCCCUAAAAGUGCGGUCCGCACGGGCCUCAUCUGAAUCAAACUACAGUGACGGUGAGGCCCCCUUAGAUGUGCUGGUGGGGGAAGGCUUGGAUAACAGGCCAAUCAGCCGACUGUUGUCUAGAAAGGGAAUCAAAGCAGGGUGCUUAUGGGACUUUGAUUCUGAGUUGUCAGAGAGUUCUUCUGAUGACUGUGAUGGUCUGAACUGGGGCCUGCAGGAGAAGUUCAUGCGGAUACUGUUGAACAGCAGCGUAGCAGGUGAUGGGGUAAGAACAAAGGUGGAGAUUGAUGGAACUCCACCUGCCAACCGAAGACGGAGAAUGCGCAAAAAUUGUGCCAUGGAGAGGGCUGACAAUGAAGUAGAGGUUUAUGAUGGCUUUGAUUAUGCAUCCCAGAUUUCCCUUACUGACAAAGAGUCUGAUUCUGAGUCGUCCAUUAACAAAGAACAUGCCUUUAGGAAAGAGCCGGAAAGUUUGAAAGCAUAUGCCGGCUUGCGCCUGGAGAAAUUCUGCGACAAGUCAGCUGCCAUGAAGGAGCUAAUUUCAAGCGAGAAGGAAGAGAGAUGUGAUGAAGGCGGCAGCGACGUAGAAACAAACACCUACAUGGGUGAAAAAUUGGCACGGUUAAAGACAGAGACAAAAACAGGCGAGGAGCUGUCCUUUUUCCCAUGUUCAAAGUGCAAUGAGACUUUCAAGGAGAAGAGGCAUUUGCAUAGGCAUAUGAUGUAUCAUUUAGAUAGGAAUAAUAAGGUGAGACAAGAACACGUUCCCCGACCCUUUAUAUGUAGAGAGUGUGGGCGUUCAUUCCGAGACCUAACCUCUCUGCAAAAGCACAUGAUAAUCCACCAGGUGCGGAGGGAAAGGCUGAUGGAAGAGAUUAAAGGUUUCAGUAAGAUAGAUGUCGAGGGAAGAAGAGCUUGCCUUCAGUGUCCCCAGUGCGUCUUUGGAACGAAAUGCCCCAAAACUUUCAUCCGUUGUGGCAAAACUAAUGAGAAGGAGAAGCCUUACUGUUUUGAGGAUUGUCAUCACAUGACUAAAUCCGAAGUGGAGGCGCAUGAGUGCACAGCUCACCACAACACAUGUGCCAAGACUGAAGACUGUUUUGCAUGUCAAAAUUGCACAUUUACGAGUAAUAAUAGAUUUAGUUUCAGAAAGCACGUGGAGCUCAUCCACAGACAGCCAUAUUAUGAUGAUUAUGAACCUCAACCACACAGCAAUGUGGAUGAUCAACCCAAAACCAAGGACUUAUCCUUGCCUAUGCCAAAGAUUCAAAGCACAGAGAAAUGGUCAGUUAAGGACAGAGGUGAGCUGCCCUUUAGGCCCAAUGGCUCAGCUGACCUUAAUGUGAGAAGCGAAGAAACGCAAAAAGCCUGUGACGGUUUCAGCCUCUCGCUGAUCAAAUGGAGCCCUGGCAGCCCAGCAAACAAGCUGUCACCAUUCUCACUGAGAAGUGACAAGCCAAGCAAAUUAUCCCCUCUGCCUACAGAGAAAAUAGACGUGACAACAGGUCUCCCGUAUGUCGAAGAAGACAAUCAAGAAUAUGAAAGCACUGUCUCCGAAAAGAGGACAAAAUAUCUUUCCAGCUUUGACGCACAUCUUACAGCGAAAACAGAGAACGUGAGUAAAGCAGCCUGUCUGAACCCUGGCACUGAGAGCUGUCCCAAAGAUCCUUCAACCAGCAGUACUUUAGCUCUGCAAACGCUAAGGCACAAAAUACCCUCCAAAAGAAAAAUGUCAAUCCCUUAUCGCAACACCCAUGCCGAUAUUCCUCAUGUGAGUCUUCCAGAAUGUGAGUCUGAAUCUCCACAAUGGGACUCCAGUACACCACAAGAGGGAGAUGACUAUGAAGGUGCUCAGGAUUUCAGCAAAUGCACCAAAGAGUCUCCGGAUUGGUUUCAAAGCAAUACCCCCAGUGAUUAUUUCAUCCCUUUCAACAACAACAUUCCUGACUAUGCCAGUCAUUCUAAUCCAGAAGAUAGCAUAGAAGAGGACAGCGAUGAGAUUCGUACAUUUAUAAUAAAAGAGGAGUGUAUUGAAAGUACAAUAAGUGAGGAUAACCCUGAUGAAUCUGUUUAUCAGCAAAGUGACCCUUACGGACAGUAUGUUGUCAGUCCUUUUUCAGUGGUGGGCAGGAAGUGCUGUCCCUAUUGCCCUGCGGUGUUUGAAUCUGGGGUGGGUUUGUCAAAUCAUGUGAGAGGACACCUAUACAGGGUGGGGCUGAGUUAUGAUGCUCGGCACGUGGUGUCACCCGAACAAGUGGCAUCUCAGGACCGCCAGCCUCGCAUACGCAGAAAAAUACCCUCAGUGAAUCGCAGAAUCAGAAAAGAUAAGCCAGAGUCUAAAACCGAGCACACCUGUCCGCUGUGCCUGGGCUGGUUUGACACUAAGACUGGCCUCUCCAAUCAUGUGCGGGGCCACCUGAAGCGGAUUGGCAAGCCUAUUUCGGGUGCUAGCAAGUCACCUCUCAGCAUUCUGUCUGAACUUCUUCAGGAUGAAACGGAGUACAAGAACAUUAUGAGGGUGUUUGGUUCCAGACCACAAUUAUCUAAACCUUUUGUCUCCCGAAAGUUUGCCAGCUGCGAUGGCCUGUUUCUUACAUCCUCCGGCAUUCCCAUGAAGAUCCAUCAUGGCACUAGCAAACCGGAUGAAGGGCACUGGACAAUGAUCAGACCCCCCCAGGUUGACAGGGAGAGGAAGAAGACCGAUAAGGUCCAGUCUAGCACUUUAGAGGAUCUGCUGGGAAAUAGGGAAGUGGAGCAGGAAAUGGAGGUCGAAGAUCACUCAGAGGAAGCCAGCACUCCUUUGACCAUCUACUCCACUUGUGACGGCAUACCCAGAACACCAUCUGUGAAGCUUGAUCCUACCUGGAGCCAAGAGAAGUUUGCAGCCAACAAGAAUACAUGCAUCCACUGCAACAUGACGUUCCACAGUGGCGUAAGCCUGUCCAAUCAUCUGCGAGCAUAUGCACGACGAAAGAAAAUCGCCAUAGAAGAAGGAACAACAUAUGACUGUAAACAGAAGAGGCCAAGAUCAAGGCCUGGGCCAAAAAGGAAGGUGUUUUCAUCUUCACACGCCGUCUCUGAAGUGAUCUACAGAAUGACCUGCAGGUUCUGCGAUCUGAUCUUCCAGGGUCCUCAGUCAAUUCAGGAAGACUGGAUCAAGCACUUGCAGAGGCAUCUUAUGCACACGAGUAUCCCCGGCGUGGGUGCAGGUAUGGUGGAGGUUUCAGCGCUGUGUAAAGAGCUGUGUUCUCCAUCUCCCCCCGAGCGCCUGAUCCUGGAUACACACCCUCCUCUCAGUCUGCCUGAGGGGGUCUCCUAAGCCACGUUUACACACCAGCUAUGCUUGCUGUACAACUGUUCUGCACAUGUUCGUAAACAAAUACACGUAUACUACUGUAUAUACAUAUAGAUAUUCAUACAGAAUAGAAAAAUAUAUGAUCUUCUAUUAUAUUGCAUAUUACUCCUUUUCAUUUUGUUUUUUUCAAUUUUAUUGUAUCAAUCUUCGGUUAUUCAUAAGGGCAUGCUAUUUGCAACAUAGAUUAAGAGUAUGGCUAUAUCUAGAGCUUGGAUGUGCACAUUAGACAGUCUCUCCUUGCGGACUGCGGUUCUCAGCUGCUGUGACUUGAGUCUAAAAUCCAGCAAUUGGAUUUUUUGGAAACUACCCGAAUAAUUGAAUUCAGAGGUCACUGUUUAGAACAUGUCGACUGAUUAGAACUAAUCAGCUUCAUGGACGCAUAGCUAUUUACUGUAACUUUGCACCACAAUGUUUAUUUACACUGAUAAAAAAUGCAUAUAUCCUAUUUUUAAGAGAUUAUAUUAACAUAAUAUAUUUACAUAAAUAGUGCUUCAUUUCUGUUUAAGUAUUCUUAUAUAUACUCUUACGCAUCAUUUAACACUUUGAGAGGGGGGGGGGUGUCAUGUUGCGUGUACCCAAAACAUGCAACACACAAGCUAUUACAAUAUUUUUAAUGCUAUUAUCAAAGAAAUGAACUGUGAAGUUUAUGAAUAUAUCAAUGAAUAUUUUUCAAAGCUUUCUAGUUGUUUAGUAAUACCAUGGGCAAUACUGUCAUGAUGCAAUAUGAAUUAGUUAUAGAUAAUGUCAAAAAAGGUCAUUGCUCCAUAAUAUUGUUGUAAGUUGUUGAAAUCCCUGCAAAUGCUAUUUUGCUCAUCAUUUUUACGGUGCUGGAAAAUAGGUUCAAACUAAAACAUAACAACACAACUAAUUACCAUGUCUCACUUUAGGAUACUUAAGGGAAUCUUUACCACUUAUUCUUUCUGAGGUAAUUGAUUGUAAAUAAAGCUGUAGGCAAUGACCAAAUGGAGCAAGACAGCUCUGUGUCCUGGUCAGCCCUUCAAAUAGUUACCAUGUAACUAUGUACCAUUACUUGGUGAUGAUAAUGUGCAAGCACAUACAGUACCGAUCCGCUAAAGAAUACAUUGUGCUAAUGAGCUGAGCAAGCAUUAACACAUUGUAUUUACGUCUCUGUUUAGUCAUUAAUAGCCAAUUAAAAUGUAAUUGUGAUUUAAAGCUGUGCAUCUUUCUG